AUGAGAACCAAGGCAGCCCACGACAAACUGAUUCGCCUUAAGGACUUCAAGGUUGGGGACAGUGUGCUCUUGUAUAACUCCAAGCUAAGGUUGUUUCCCGGGAAGCUAAGGUCAAAGUGGGCGGGACCAUUCAAGAUCACGAAGUUUACCCUAUGGAUCCCUCACUCUACUCAAUCAAGAGGGGAAGGAAUUCACAGACAGGUUUUAGGAAGAAGGAACCAACUCGAGGCACAACUCGAUCGAGCCAAGAGCAAGCUCGAUCGAGUGAGGAACCCGUCGAGUGGAGUGCUCCUGAUGGCCGUCUCCCAUCUCCAGACCACGACCUUGCCUCCCAGUUCUUUGGGGGGCACUGAGGCUAAGUUUGGGGGUGCCAACUCGAGCUCGAUCGAGUUGGGUGUAAAAACCAGAAAAGUGGUCUUUUGGAGCAUUCUGGAGCAUAUGGGACGUGAGGAGCAUGGAGGGACUUGGCACAUGGACGCAGCUCAACUGGAUACGCAAAGGAAGAAGGGAGAAGCCAUCUUGAAGACCAGCUCGACCAUCUACUCGACCAACCGGUCGAGUUCCUCAACUCGACCGGCCAAGCUUCAACUCGAUCGAGCUGAGAAGUCAAAGUCAAACCCGAAAAAUGUUGCUUCCCCCUUGACUUUCCUUUGA